CGCCGCCCCGCCGCGGCUCUCGCGCUCUGCAGCCUCCUGCUGCAGCUCCGGCCCGGGCUCGCGUGCCCCGCGGGCUGCGCCUGCACCGACCCGCACACCGUGGACUGCCGCGACCGCGGGCUGCCCAGCGUGCCCGACCCCUUCCCGCUGGACGUGCGCAAGCUGCUGGUGGCCGGCAACCGCAUCCAACAGAUCCCUGAGGACUUCUUCAUCUUCUACGGAGACCUGGUGUACCUGGACUUCAGGAACAACUCUCUGCGCUCGCUGGAGGAGGGCACGUUCAGCGGCUCGGCCAAGCUCGCCUUCCUCGACCUCAGCUACAACAACCUCACGCAGCUGGGCGCCGGCGCCUUCCGCUCGGCCGGGAGGCUGGUCAAGCUGAGCCUGGCCAACAACAACCUGGCGGGCGUGCACGAGGCCGCCUUCGAGACCCUGGAGUCGCUGCAAGUGCUGGAGCUCAACGACAACAACCUGCGCAGCCUCAACGUGGCCGCCCUCGAGGCGCUCCCCGCGCUGCGCACCCUGCGCCUGGACGGGAACCCCUGGCUGUGCGACUGUGACUUCGCACACCUCUUCUCUUGGAUCCAGGAGAACGCCUCCAAACUGCCAAAAGGCCUGGACGGGAUCCAGUGCUCCCUGCCCACUGAGAGCCGGAGGGUGGCCCUGCACGAGCUGUCGGAGGCCAGCUUCAGCGAGUGCAGGUUCAGCCUGUCGCUCACGGACCUGUUCAUCAUCAUCUUCUCGGGCGUGGCUGUCUCCAUCGCUGCCAUCAUCUCCAGCUUCUUCCUGGCCACCGUGGUGCAGUGCUUCCAGAGGUGCGCCCCCAACAAGGAUGCUGAGGAUGAAGAUGAAGACGAGGAUGACUGAGCCCCCUCCUCCGCUCAUGUUCUUGCUGUCCUGUCCCCACCAGUGGAACCUCUGUUAGAGGGAAACACUGAAAACACCACAGCACCGGCCACCGUCAGUGAGCAGGACAGAGCCUGCUCCGUGUCGGGACCCUGGGUGCCUGCUGGGACCUGGAUCUCAGAGUUUAGAAGCAGCAGAGUGGAGAAGCCCAGGCAGGAUGGAGAGAUGGUUCCCUAGCAGAGCCCGCCUGGGCAGAGAUGGGUAUGGGGAGAAGGUGGCCUAGUCGGGCUUCGUGGCUGCUGGCUCCUGAGGAGAUGUAAAGACCGUGGCCUCCAACUGUAAAGAUGCUUGCACGGGUCUUUGUCUGACCUGCACCGGAAGACCAGGAGCCAUGUCCUUCCUCCCAAGAGGCAGCAGCUCAUCAGCAGAGAUUCAAGCUCAAGUUCAAACCAUCCUCCAUGGGAGCAGGAAGUCUCCUCUUCAUCUAGUAGGCUCAGCAGCCUUGGGAUUUUAUAGGAAAACAAAUAAACAUGUGCAGUAGAUGAUGUCUGUGUUCCCCUGGCCCCCCUGUGUGAUGGCAUGUUGAGGUGAGGCCUCUGGGACGUGCUGACGGAGCCCUCCUGAAUGGCGUUAGUAUCUUCAGAUUUCAGAGAAUCACAGACAGAUGUGGCAGGAAGCUGGCCACCUCUGAACCAGGAAAGGGCCUUGCCAGCUGUGCUGGUGUCCUGCUUGCCCACUCCCAACCUCCAGAAGUGGGAGAAAUAAA